UGUUUCCGGAAUUUGGAAUCUGGGCUAUUCACAUCACUUGGCACCGUAUAUACUGUACAUGUACACUGGAUCAUGUCGUCGAAAUCCCAUGCCGGUGAAGCGGAUGUCGAUCUCUCGACGCUCGUUCAGAAAGAACCGAAGCGUAAAUGGGUCAGCUAUAUCUGGGACACUUUCGAUAAAUCGCCCGAGGAGCGUCGAUUGAUGUUCAAGCUGGAUUCGGCCAUUUUGACCUUUGCGUCGUUGGGGUAUUUUAUCAAGUAUCUGGAUCAGAUCAAUAUAAACAAUGCCUUUGUUUCUGGGAUGAAAGAAGAUCUGGGCAUGUACGGGAAUCAACUCAACUAUAUGCAGACCUGUUGGACGGUUGGCUACGUGAUUGGGGAAAUCCCCAGCAAUUUAUUGUUGACUCGCAUCAAGCCACGAUACUGGAUUCCGGCCAUGGAGCUUUUAUGGACCGUCCUCACAAUGUCCCUUUCUCGGUGCAACAGUCCAACACAGUUCUAUGUUCUGCGCUUCUUUGUCGGGCUUGCUGAAAGCACCUUCUAUCCCGGAAUGCAAUAUAUCAUUGGCUCCUGGUACAGAAAAGAUGAACUAGCAAAACGGUCUUGUAUAUUCCACACGAGCAGUGGAAUUGCCAGUAUGUUUUCGGGAUAUCUCAUGGAUGCCGUCUACCACCUUGGAGGACGAGGAGGGUUCAAGGGGUGGCAAUGGCUGUUCAUCAUCGACGGAGUGAUCUCCUUGCCAAUUGCGAUCAGCGGUUUCUUUAUUCUGCCUGAUGUACCAGAAAUCUCCAACCCAUGGUAUCUUAGCCAAGAGGUAAUUCUGCCCAUCCAUGAGGUCAAACUGGCCCAGAAACGAAUGAAACUAGAAGGAAGAAAAGACAGAGAGCCAUUCACAAAGUCCAAACUCAAGAAAAUCUUUACUUCAUGGCACAUCUACCUUCUAACAAUCCUCUACAUAUGUUUCAACAACGGCGCCGCAGGAAGCCAGCCUAUUUUCCAACAAUACCUCAAAAAGUCCACAGACCCAGUCUACACAAUCAGCCAAAUCAACUCCAUCCCCACAACCACACCUGCAGUCCAAGUAGUGACGACUCUCGCAUAUGCCUGGAUAUCAGACAGUAUACUAAACGGCAGUCGCUGGCCACCUAUCAUCUUCGGAGCUUGCAUAAAUAUCAUCAGCUACAUCUCGCUCGCUGUGUGGGAUAUCCCAACAGGCUGGAAAUGGACCUGCUAUAUCAUCAGCGGGGCUGGUUAUGGUCUCAGCGGUCUACUCAUGGCUUGGGCCCAUGAAAUCUGCUCAGAAGACAACGAAGAACGAUCCCUCGUGAUCGGAAGUAUGAAUGAAAUGGCAUAUGUCUUCCAGGCUUGGCUGCCGCUUGUUGUUUGGCAGCAGGUCGAUGCGCCGCAGUACCAGAAGGGCUUUAUUGCCGUGACUGUUUUGUCUUUCUUGUUGAUUGGGACGACGUUCUUGGUGAGGUUCUUACAUGCGAGGGAGAGGGCGGCGCAGAAGUGA